AUGGCCGACGAUCUCUGGACCUGGAUCCUCCGCGCCGAGAGUAAGGCACUGGUCAUCAGUUCUAUUAAAACCUUAUCAUUCUCAAGCGAGAGUAAUCCCGGAUCGAGACCAUGGUCGAUCUCGGGCCCUACUGACAGCUCCUCCCAGAUAUCAUCGCCAACUCGCGGCACAUUGAUAAAUCGGACCGCCGAAAAGCGAGCCGACACCAGAGCCGCUUCAGGAACGAGAGACGCCACCAGGCCCCUCCAGGAGAGCCCAACCGGCUACGAACGUGUGAGCGUACCAACAAGCCCCGACGUUCCCGUGCGCACUGUAUUCACUUUCCGUCAAGGCCUAGUGGCAGAUCAGCCACCUCCACUCUUUACCCCUGAACCUGUCCCUAACAGAGCUAAGCGUGGAGGCAAGCAGCGGCCGCUAGCUGGUCGGAGCGUUGUUAUUGGCGACCUUUUGUUCUGCACCGAGUGUCACCUGUCCUCGAGGAAUGUUGCAACGCCUUCUGAGCCAUAG